AUGCAUUAUAGAUUUUUAAGAGACAGUUUUGUGGGAAGGACGAUUUAUCAUCUUUCCAAGCACAAAUAUUUCAAACAUCAUGAAGAAGAGCCAGAAUUCAUAGCACCCAGUAAAUACUACGGAGAGGGUAAAGAAGCUCAUAGCGAUGGGUCUGUAUCAGACAUCAAAGUAGUUUUGGAUGGGUCAGAUGAAACUAUACGGAAUUCUGAUCAGAUUAUUGUUGAUUGGGACGGGCCUGAUGAUCCAGAGAAUCCAUAUAAUUGGCCCUUGUAUCAGAAGAUCUUUUUUAUGUUUGAGAUUGCAUUUUUAACCACGUCAGUAUACAUGGCUUCUGCUAUUUACACGCCUGGUGUCGAAGAGAUUAUGGAACAAUUUCAAAUUAGUCAAACUGUGGCCACAUUGCCCUUGAGUUUGUUUGUUAUAGGAUAUGGUAUCGGACCAAUGGUUUUUUCGCCUGUGUCAGAAAAUGCCAUCUUCGGUAGAACAUCCAUCUACAUUGUGACGCUUUUCAUUUUUUUCAUCCUCCAAAUCCCAACAGCGUUAGUUGACAACAUAGCUGGUUUGUGUAUUUUAAGAUUCAUAAGUGGUUUCUUUGCAUCUCCUUGUUUAGCUACAGGUGGUGCUUCAGUUGGUGAUGUUAUUUCUUUACCAUACAUUCCGGUUGGUAUUGCAACAUGGGCCAUUUCUGCUGUAUGUGGUCCUUCUCUUGGUCCAUUGGUUGGUUCCGUCUUAACUGUUAAAGGGGACUGGAGAUGGACAUUUUGGUUCAUGUGUAUCAUUUCUGGUUGUUCCUUGUUAGUUUUGAGUAUUUUCUUACCAGAAACUUAUUCUAAAACUUUAUUAUACAGAAAGGCAGAAAGACUCAGAGCCAUUACAGGUAAUGAAAAUAUUACCAGCGAGGGAGAAAUAGAGAAUAAGAAAAUGACUAAGAGAGAGUUAGCCAUUGAUACUUUAUGGAGGCCUAUUGAAAUCUCCAUUGUUGAGCCUGUUGUUUUAUUAAUAAACAUUUACAUUGCAUUGGUAUAUUCCAUUAUGUAUUUAUGGUUUGAGGCUUUUCCAAUAGUAUUUGUUGAAGUCCAUCAUUUUACAUUGGUCGAAAUGGGUGUCACCUAUGUUAGUAUUAUGGUUGGUGUUCUUAUUGGCGCUAUUAUUUACGUUCCGAUCAUUUAUAAGAAGUUUACGAAGGUUAUGCUAGCUGGUGAAGAUAUUACUCCUGAGGUUUUCUUACCCAGUGCAAUCUUUGGAAGUUGUAUGAUGCCUAUCGGUGUGUUUAUCUUCGGAUGGACUGCAAGCCCAGACAUUCAUUGGAUUGGACCUAUUAUUGGAGCGGCUAUUUUUGCAAUUGGUGCGUUUAUAAUCUUCCAAACCUUAUUCAACUACUUGAGUAUGUCUUUCUGGAGAUACAUGGCAUCCGUAUUUGCCGGAAAUUGUUUGUUUAGAUCCGUCAUUGCUGGUUGUUUUCCUCUAUUUGCACAUGCAUUGUUUUCUAAUCUUGCAAAUGAGAAAUUCCCCGUCGGAUGGGGUUCAAGUGUGUUGGGAUUCAUUUGUGUUGCUAUGAUUGCAAUUCCUAUCUUGUUUUAUAUUAACGGACCUAAAUUACGUGCUAGAUCUAGGUACGCUGGAAACUAA